AAUAUAAAGAAAAAUAAGGAGUUGACUUUGUAUUCAAAGUUAACAUGAGUAGUUAUUGGCUGGCCCAUACCUAAAUUUAAAUAUUUCUAUAUCUCUUUUGUGUGUAUGAAAGUUUAUUUUAUAAUUACUGCCAUCCAAAUUAAAAUAGAACCGAUUUAACGUCUUAGAAAAUCAAGAUAAAAGUAAUAGUGGUUAGCAGUGCUUUCCGUUUUUGUUGCUGGCAAUCAAACUCUACAUGUCAUGUGUCAAAACAGGAAAGCCAAGUCCUUAGCUGCGUUUGUUACAGUUACAAAUUAUUUUGUAUUUCACUUUAAAUUACUUAAAAACUAUAUUAUUAUGGCUGAUAAGCCGCCAGAAGACAGCUACAUAUCUGUUGUUGACGAAGAACCUGUGUUUUUUGAGUUACUCAAAUGGGAUUCGUCACAAUCGCAAAAGCAACAAGAGCCGAGGAGUUUAGAAAAAGCAAAAAGUCCGGAGAAAAUGGUGACAAAAUCUAAAGAAGAGUCAGAUCCGUUUGAUUUGAGUGAUGCCGCCUUUUUAGAUAUGUAUCGACUUUCAAAAGAUCUGGCGCGAAAUCUUUGUGAGGAAUUGAAACCUGUUAUGCCCGAUUCUAUUAAAUCGAUUGAGUUUUCAGUCGAAAGUAAAGUUUUAGCAGCUUUAUCAUUCUAUGCUACUGGCAAGUAUCAGAAAUCAAUAGGGGGUAGAUCGGACCCCAGUAUAACUCAGUAUUUUGUGGCAACAGCGGUGAUGCAGGUCACUGAAGCUAUGAAUGACCCCAGUAUUAUUAAGAAAUAUAUACACUUCCCACAUUUGAGAAAUGAGAGGGAAGUCAUCAAAAAUGGUUUUUACAUGAAGUAUGGCAUCCCUAAUGUUGUUGGCUGUGUGGACUGUGUGCAUGUGCCCAUCGCCCGGCCCGAUGAAGAUCAGAAGAAGCACUUCAACAAAUCAUACCACUCUAAGAAAGUACAAAUAAUAAGCGAUAGUCGCCAGCGCAUCAUGAGCGUGUGUUCUGAGGGUGGAGGCUCAUACUCCCACGACGCUCUGCUGGCCAGACACGCCGUCACCGUGGACCUGGUCAGCCUGAACAACUCACGGGAUCUCUGCUGGCUGCUAGGCGGGCCGCAUUACUCACAGAAACCGUACCUGAUGGCCCCAGUGCCGAAGAUGACGAAGAAGUCUUCCAUGUCACCGGAGAAGUAUUACACGAACCUGCACGCGCAGGCGCACUCGGCCGUCACGGAGACUAUCAAACAGUUGAAGGCGCGCUGGAAGUGUCUGCAGGCCACCAGCAACAAGCAGUUCGACCCGCCCACCGUCGCCAAGAUGGUCCUCGCCUGCUGCGUGCUACACAACAUAUGCACGGAGCACGGCAUUCCGCCCGUGGACAUGACGCAGGCCGAGGAGCGUCUGGAGGCCAUGAAGCAGAGGGUGGCCAACGCCCCGGCCUCCAGGAGACAGGAACACGACCAGCUCGGCCUGCAAGCGCGGGCGGCGCUCAUACAGAGACUGUGGGCCGAGAGGAGCAUCACGACCGACACCUGCCCCGCCACCAAAAGGAGGCUGGCGAAGAAGGACCGGCCGCCGGAGACCCACCCUGUACAUCACCCCGAGGUGCAUCCGCAUCAGAUGCACGACGACCCCAAGAGACCCAGGAUACUCAUGAACAACCCCUACAGCAUCGGAGUGGGCAUGCCGCCGGCCUGGGGUCACUACCCGCAACACUGAAGGCAUUACGUGUAUAUACAUAGAUCUGUACGUGUAACAUUAUAUAAAGGGUGUUCAGCUCGCAUGUUGGGAUGCGUGGAUUAUGUUUGCGAGUUAUUAAUUCUCUCAAUGUAAGUAAGCUUCUCAUUUUGAUAUGAUUUUUGUCAUACAACAAAAAAUAUUUUAAUGUUUUCAAUGAAACGAACGCUAUCAUUUUGUAAAUCGUAUAUUGAUACAUGCUGUAUAACGUUAGGUGCUUGUCAGUUUAUGUGAUAAUAUAUUUUAUUUUAUAUGAAUCUUAACCUAGGACAUCCGUGACGAUAGUUUUAAUAAAAAUUUCGAGAUUA